AAACGUCAUUGAAAGGACACCGGAAGUUGUAUCUUCUUGGCGGAAGUCCGACUUAAUCUGGCCAGCUUAACGCUACAAGAUGGCAGCAGCGAUGGAUGUCGACGCACCGAGCUGCUCCAGCAGCGGGGCGAGCAAGAAGCGAUUCGAAGUGAAGAAGUGGAACGCUGUGGCACUGUGGGCCUGGGACAUCGUUGUGGAUAAUUGUGCUAUUUGUCGAAACCACAUCAUGGAUCUUUGUAUAGAAUGUCAAGCCAACCAAGCUUCUGCCACGUCUGAGGAGUGCACCGUCGCCUGGGGGGUCUGCAACCACGCCUUCCACUUCCACUGUAUCUCCCGCUGGCUGAAGACCAGGCAGGUGUGUCCACUGGACAAUCGAGAGUGGGAGUUCCAGAAGUAUGGACAUUAGCUGCUGCUGUUUGCUUUACCUUUUACCCACAAUGCAGUUCUCCUUGCUCUUUUUUUUCAUGCAAAUAAACCACAAAAUGACAAAUAA